CGUGACCAAAAAGAAAAUGCUGUUAUAUUUCCAGCCAUAUGGUAUUAUUCUGGCUUCCGAACACAUAUUUUUUGCAUGUCAAACAAAUAAAUUUAAAUAAUUGGAAUUAAAUUGGGCAAAAUGAAGGCGUUCUGUCGCACAUGUGGUAAAACCAUUGUGGCUGAUCAAUGCCUUCAGAUCUUUGCGCCCGAAGGCCGAAAACUUCUACAGUGCGUGCGCUCCAUAACAAACUGCUGGCUGCAGGAUGCCCAGGACUUGCCUACCCAUAUGUGUCCUGGUUGUCAGGCGCUGCUUAGACAGGUCCAAAAAUUCCGUCGACGAUGUGCAAAAAUCGAAAAGUAUCUCACCAGGCGGCGGAGCAGAAUGAAUCUUGGCGAGGCUCCUGCGGCUGUGGCGCUUCAGCUUCCCGUCCAGCAAUCGACUGCUCCGGAUCCCCUGGGCAUCGAUGAACUAAUGGCAGCCAGCGAAAUUAAAUUGGAACCCACUGAGGUGCAUAUGGAGCAGGAAACGGUGUCUUAUUCAGGGGAUCAGCUUAAGGAAGCCAGUUUUGGGGAUACCCCGGGAUACUCCGAGCAAUUUGUGCCCCUGCCUGAGGACUAUGGAGAAGAACAGACUGAAAUAGUGGCCACUGACACUGCCAAACCGGAACCGGCAAAAGUGAAAAUCAAAUCCAAGCAUACAAUGCGGAUGGGCAGAAAGCUAAUCCAUGUGAAAGUUAUCGACGACAAGCAACCGAAGCGAAUUGUAGACCGAAAUGGGCAGAAUGCCAAGCCGUGUAUUUGCGAGCACUGUGGCCGACAAUUCAAGGACACCAGCAAUCUCAAUGUUCACCUGCUGCGACAUACCGGCACUAAGCCCUUCGAAUGCGAGCAGUGCCACCAGAAAUGCUACACUCUCCAUUUACUUCGACGCCACCAGUUGAAACACACAGAGGGUCCCUAUGCCUGCACUUUUUGCGGUCUGGAAUACAGUACGAAUAGCUCUCGCGUUAGGCAUGAAAGGGAGGCCUGCAAAAAGGGACGAGCGCCGCAGUCCAAGUGGGAGAUCAUCAAAAAGGGCGAGCGCACUUUCCACUGCGAAGUAUGCGAUCUAUGGUUUCUGCGAGCUGGUAACUUCACGCAACACAUAAACUCUUCCAGCCACAUCGAAAAUGAACGUAAAAAGAAACGUAAAUCAAAAUCAGUGCAGCCUUCCGCAGUAAAUACAUAAAACAACUGUGGUUAAAAACAGA